AAGCGAGAGAGAGAGAGAGAGAGAGAGAGGGAGAAGAAACUGAGGUUGAAUGCUUUGAACGAGAAGCCGCAAAGAGAGAGAGAGAGAGAGAGAGAGAAGAAAAAAAACGAAUGGCGCCGGUAGGUUUGCCGCCCGGUUUUAGGUUUCACCCGACCGACGAAGAGCUCGUCAACUAUUAUCUCAAGAGGAAGAUCAAUGGCCUAGAGAUCGAGCUCGACAUCAUUCCUGAGGUUGAUCUCUACAAAUGUGAACCAUGGGAAUUAGCAGAAAAAUCGUUUCUUCCCAGCAGAGACCCCGAAUGGUACUUCUUCGGGCCGCGGGAUCGGAAGUACCCGAAUGGGUUCAGGACCAACCGAGCGACGCGCGCCGGCUACUGGAAGUCGACUGGAAAAGAUCGGAGGGUGACGUGCCAGAACCGACCAAUCGGGAUGAAGAAGACUUUGGUUUACUACCGGGGGCGAGCUCCUCAAGGAAUUCGGACUCACUGGGUGAUGCACGAGUACCGGCUCGACGACAAGGAAUGCGAGGAUACGUCCGGAAUUCAGGAUUCUUACGCAUUGUGCCGCGUGUUCAAGAAAAACGGGAUAUGCACUGAAGUGGAAGAGCCAGCUGGGCAAUCCAACUUGGCCUCCAUAGAGACCUCGCAGGGGUUGAUGAAUGACUACGAGACGAUGUCGCCCGACGCGCUCCUCGGGCAGUCCUCAUGCAUGGACGAGGAGGAAAAGGACGACUCUUGGAUGCAGUUCAUCACGGACGACGCGUGGUAUUCAUCCAACGCUGCUCCAAGGGAUGGAUCAGAAGAAGUCUCUACGCUCUAACAGGAAGGCAUUCACAAGUUGGAAGGCUGAGUUAUCCACAUCGGUACACGGUUGGCGGUGAAUAACGCGACGAGCAUUACUUCACUCAUACAUAAUAAGCCAAGUGAUUUGUAAAUCUUUCUUCUACCUAGCUUCUUACCUUUGGGGAGUACAAGUUGUUGCCACACGCUAAUUCCCUUUUGGUUCGAAUUCGUUUUCCCCGUAGCGAGGUCGAGAGCGACUCGCACGUUGAUGGUUGUUGCCACUAUUAUGUAAGGGGAUACAUCGAAAUGAUGGGUUGGAAUUGGAUCAA